AUGCGUUACAUGGAGAUUGAGGGGCUGCGGGGGCGUGUGCCGGUACAAGGUCCACCUCAAAUUCAUCCUGCUCGACCUUGCGGCCCCGCUGUGCCUCCUCGUGUGAGCUCUCGAGUGUCACAGAAGAGGCAGAGUGGAGGUGUUGUUGGUCCAGGAAAGAUUCUCAGAGAUAUGGACACCCAGGAACUUGAAGCUAGUCACACGAUCCACUUUGUCCCCAUCAAUGUAGAUGGGAGUGUGCUGUACCUCUUCCCUGUAGGCCGUCUCAUCGUCGCCGCCUGUCAGGUCUACCACCGUGGUGUCAUCUGCAAACUUAUUAUGGAGUUGGAGCCAUGCUCAGUUCGGAUUUCUCCACCCCGCCCUUCUAUUAUUAUUCUUUUGAAGAUUCUUCGUUGUCAAGCCGCCAAAGUGGAGAGUGUGAUUGCAGAAGGGGGGGCUUCUCGUUUCAGUGCUUCUUCGGGCGGAGGAGGAGGUAGGGGUGCACCUCAGCACUAUCCCAAGACUGUCGGUAACAGCGAGUACCUGGGGAAAACCCCAGGGCCUAGCGUUCAGAGAUGGGUUCCUUCACGAAGCACUAGACGAGAUGUCAACUCCUCCAAUGAAAAAGAACUACAUGAUGCAAUAUUUAGGAAAGUAAGAGGCAUACUUAAUAAACUGACCCCUGAAAAGUUUGACAAGCUAUGCCUUGAGCUUCUCAAUGUGGGCGUAGACUCUAAACUUGUCCUCAAAGGAGUCAUCUUGCUGAUUGUAGACAAAGCCCUAGAAGAGCCCAAAUACAGCUCACUCUAUGCUCAGCUAUGUCUGCGUUUGGCAGAGGAUGCACCAAACUUUGACGGCCCUACAACUGAAAUCCAGUCAUCUCAAAAGCAGAGCACAACUUUCAGAAGACUUCUUAUUACCAAGCUUCAAGAUGAGUUUGAGAACCGUACAAAAAAUGUUGAAAUCUAUGACAAACAAGACAACCCUCUCACCUCUGAGGAGGAGGAGCAGCGUGCCAUUGCAAAGAUCAAGAUGCUUGGCAAUAUCAAAUUCAUUGGAGAACUUGGCAAACUCGACCUCAUCCAUGAAUCUAUCCUUCAUAAGUGCAUCAAAACACUUUUGGAGAAAAAGAAGAGGGUCCAGCUCAAGGACAUGGGAGAGGAUCUGGAGUGUCUCUGUCAGAUAAUGAGGACUGUGGGGCCCAGACUCGACCAUGACAAAGCCAAGUCUUUAAUGGAUCAGUACUUUGGCCGAAUGCGAUCCUUAAUGAACAACAAGGAUUUGCCUGCAAGGAUUCGUUUCCUACUACAGGAUACUGUGGAGCUAAGAGAGAACAACUGGGUUGCUCGCAAAGCUUUUAAUGACAACGGACCAAAGACGAUUAACCAGAUUCGUCAAGAUGCAGUGAAGGAUUUGGGUGUUUUCAUUCCACCUAUGAACCAGGGAAUGAGAAUGGACUUUUUCCUAGAAGGCCCCUUCAUGCCGAACAGGAUGAAACUGGACAGAGAAACUCUUGGAGGAUUGGCUGAUAUGUUUGGUCAGAUGCCAGGAAGUGGAAUAGGAACUGGUCCAGGUGUGAUCCAGGACAGAUUUUCCCCUACCCUAGGACGUCAUCGUACGAACCCACUUUUCAAUGGCCACAGUGGACAUAUGGCUUCCCAACCACAGUCACAGUUUGACUUGGGAAUGAAGCCUUUCAUCAAGACUAGCCAGGGACAGAAUCCGAAUUUUCACAAUCAAAACCAGAACCAUUCUAACCAGCAGCAAGUUCAGUCUAAGGACAUGCCACCACGCUUCAAGAAGGGGCAGCUCAAUGCAGAAGAGAUCAGCCUUAGACCAGCUCAGUCAUUCCUUUUGAAUAAAAACCAAGUGCCGAAACUGCAGCCCCAGAUUCCCACCAUGAUUCCUCCUAGUGCUCAUCCUCCACGCACGCAGACUCCACCACUUGGACAGCCGCCUCAGCUUGGUUUGAAAACCAACCCUCCUCUGAUCCAGGAGAAACCUCAGAAGACUAUCAAGAAACCACCACCUGCCAAAGAGGAACUGCUAAAAAUGACUGAGAACAUUGUGAUUGAGUAUCUUAAUAGCAAGAACAUGGAGGAUGCAGUCAGUGGCGUGAAAGAUAUGAGGGCUCCCAAACACUUCCUGCCAGAGAUGUUGAGUAAGAUCAUCUUAUGUUCACUGGAGCGGACUGAUGAAGACCGGGAACAGGCUAGCACUCUCAUCAAUACACUGCGCACCGAGGGCUUCAUAACUGGGGAGAACUUUAUGCAGGCUCUUCUGAAUGUGUUGGAUCAGUGUCCUACGCUUGAGGUAGACAUUCCCCUGGUUAAGUCUUACCUUGCCCAGUUUGCAGCAUGGGCCAUCAUCGCAGAGCUGGUCAGUGUGGCAGAACUGGCCCAUCCCCUGGAGAAUGGCAAUCACUUCCCUCUUUUCUUGCUGUGUCUGCAGCAAGCUUCCAAGCUCAAGGAUCGUGAGUGGCUAACAGAUCUCUUCCAGCAGAGCAAGGUUAACAUGCAAAAGAUGCUUCCUGAAAUUGACCAAAAUAAGGACCGUAUGCUGGAGAUUCUGGAGGGGAAGGGUCUGAGUUUCCUUUUCCCCUUGCUGAAACUGGAGAAGGAACUGCUAAAGCAGAUCAAAGCGGACUCCUCCCCUCAGGCCAUCUACAAGUGGAUCAAAGACAAUAUCUCUCCCAAACUCCACACUGACAAGGGCUUCAUCAACAUACUUGUAACCAGCUUUCUUCAGUAUAUCUUUGCGGAGCUUGGUGUGACUGAAGGAGAUGAGCAACUGUCCACCCCAUCUAAAGAGCAGCUGGACCAGGAGAAGCAACUACUACUAGCCUUCAAGCCAGUCAUGCAGAAGUUCCUCCAUGAUCAUACAGACCUGCAGGUCAGCGCUCUGUACGCACUGCAGGUGCACUGCAAUGCCAACGCUUUCCCAAAAGGUAUGUUGCUUCGCUACUUUGUCAACUUUUACGACAUGGAGAUCAUUGAGGAGGAAGCUUUUCUUGCAUGGAAAGAAGAUAUCACCCAAGAAUUUCCUGGAAAGGGAAAAGCCUUAUUUCAGGUGAACCAAUGGUUGACUUGGCUGGAGACAGCUGAGGAAGAGGAGUCCGAGGAGGAAGCUGACUGAGAAACCAAGCCAAUCCUCCCAGUGAUAGUUUCCUGCUAAAUAACCUGCUGUCGUUUCUUUGGUUCCCAUGCUUUUUUGCAGUAGCUCACACACUCAACCACCUCCACAAUACACUGCUGCUAGGCUCAUGAAUUAUCUGCCAGAAAACAGUGUCAUCUUUGUAAUCCAUGUUUCUGAUGUGUUUUGCUUGCAUCAUAGCCAAUGGAAGGUUGCGUCAGCUUCUUAGAGUUUUUAAAGAGGAUAUACAGUAUCAACCACUAGGUCAAAAAACAUUUUUAGUUGACUUGAAGAAAAAGUUUAAACAUGGCUUAAUUUGUGUUGUUUCAGAAGACACAGGACAGAAAACCUUUUUGUGUCUCAUUUGAAGCAAAUACACAGCUGUCAAUAUAGAAGCAAUAGUCUGUUUGCAGUCUGUCAUGGAGUAAAAGUUAAUCAUGAGAUCCUGGUUGAGUGGCCUUCAUAGGUUAUGUUGUAUACGCUUUUAUUAGUGUUAUUCUGGGUCGGUUGCAAUAUCCAUUUCAUGCAUGAUUUAAACAUCUGUAAAACUGUAAUCACUGACUUGCUGUAACAUUUAGCAGUUUCUUUUUCUACCUCCUUCUGAAUAGGCUUUAUUUAGAACAGGCUUCUGAUAUGUCUAAAGUUUUUUGAUAAAUUUGAAUUCCUAAUUGAGAAUUAAGAUCCGGUAAAUCGGCAUAGUCAUUCAAUUUUGCACAACACACUACCUUAAACAACAGCUUGCAGUAGAACGUGUUUUAAGUGCUUUCCAUUGAACAUGUUUGUCAGUUGGGAAAUCCAGCUGUUUGUAUGUACUUAAUGCCUCUGCUGACCCAGCCUUACUUCAUUAAUGUUGUCUGAUACGGUAACUCAGUUGUGUUCUUUAUGGCAGUAGUAAUGUUGCCCUACACAGCCCACCAGUCUGCUGCAGAUUUUUUGAACAUCUUGAAACUUGAGAUGGUGGAUCUUUUUAAUUGGCCAUUAAAUUGGAGGGGGGACAUACAUGAGAAUCGGAAGAAAAAAAUCCUUUAUGCAUGAGAGGAAAGGCUUUUGCCCCUGCCAAUAAGUGGUUCUUGGACAACCUAUUAUUUACAGGUGUUUUAAUUGUAUUUGACAUUACUUGAGUUUGCAAACCAGUUGUAAGAAAUGAAAUGGCUUAUGGUCAUGUUGUAAAGUUUUAGUGCUGUAUUCACCACUAUUGCUGCAUUUACAAUAAAGGAAAAACAUAAGCGUAAAA